AAGCUGUUGUCCAAGUCAAUUGCUGUAAUAUCUUCAGUAUCAACAUUUCAUAGAAACCAAUAUCAUCAUAAUAUCAUUACCAUCAUCACCAUCAUUACCUUAACCAAGCACAAACCGGAAAAUAAAGAUUAAAAUAAAUUGUUAGUUGAUCAACUAAAAUGUUAAAUAAUUGUUAAACUGUUUAAACAGUUGAUUUACAAUAAAACGCAAAAAAAGGAUCAAAAUUAGGAAUCCAGAAAAGUCAAAAUCUGUCAACUUGUUGUUUCAUUGAAAAAAUCAAAUCAUUCCCAGUGACAAGUUAAACAAUUUUUUGUUCAAUAACUGUGACAAGUGUUACAUUCAAUUUAAUUUGUUUGAAUUUUGAAACAAUAAUCAAAUUGGAAACCAUCUAAUCAAUUGUGUGUUUGUGUUUAACAAUUGUAAAGUUUCAAAGUCAAUAUUGAAGUCAUCACCAAGCCAACAUCAAACCUUUUUAUAAGGCCAACAUAAAGUCAACAUUGAGCCAACAUAAAGCAACUUGAACCAGCAUUUCAAGUAACAAUUGUUUAACCAUUUUGGAUAUUUUUUGCUUCAAUUGGAUUUGAUAUCAACUCGAUAUGAUUUUAAGAUAAAAUCAUUCCUCGUUUUGAUGGUAAACAAUCAAAGUUUACAUUUUCAUGUCCACUUCAAGUUUCCAUUUGAAGAGGGAAACUUUUUUCUUACCUUUUCUUCCUAAUUUUGUAAUUUUAAGGAAAAAAUUGUUUCAAACCUGAUAUUGCAAGUUGAAAUGAGAGUGGAAAUGUUUGUAAAUAAAAAUGUUGAAGUGAAGUUGAGUUGAAAUUAUUGUUUCCUCUUGUUUGGUGUUCGUGUUUUGGAAGUAAAGUUAUAACUUGAUUAGAUCCAAGCCAAUAUCAAACAAUCAUCAAGCUGGGAUUAAAGGAUAAAUAAGUGAUUGUCCUUUCUCAAUGCCUGCAAGGAAAGGACUUUUGGCUCCACAAAAUACUUUCCUUGACACCAUAGCUACAAGAUUUGAUGGAACUCAUAGUAACUUCGUUCUUGGAAAUGCUCAAGUCCCAAACCUUUAUCCAAUUGUAUAUUGUUCCGAUGGAUUCUGUGAGCUUACCGGCUUCCCAAGAGCCCAUAUCAUGCAAAAAGGCUGCGCCUGCAGUUUCCUGUUCGGUGAGGAAACGUCUGAAGAGCACAAAAAGUCGAUUGAAGAAUCUCUUGAAAAUAAAACCGAACUUAAAUUGGAAGUUUUACUUUACAAAAGAAACGGUAUACCUUUUUGGUGUCUUCUGGACAUCGUUCCUAUUAAAAAUGAGAAACACGAAGUUGUCCUGUUCUUGGCUUCUCACAAGGAUGUAACCAAAUCCAAGAUGGAUGAAGAAGAAGAGGACAACAAAAGCAGUCCAGAUUCCGAUGGCGAAGAUGACAUGGAUGACGAUGAAAGUGAAGGUGAUCAUCCUCGCCUACCUGCAAGCCACUAUCAGCGUCGACGAAGCAGAGCCGUUUUAUAUCAAUUGUCAGGUCACUAUAGACGCAGUGUUAGCAUGAAAUCAAAGCUUAAGUUGAACAAUAAUUUACUUCACUCCUCAUCGCUUCCCGAAUACAAGGCAGCCACCAUUAAAAAACCUCGUUUCAUCCUCUCUCAUUAUGGUGCUUUUAAAACCUGCUGGGACUGGUUGAUAUUGAUAGCAACCUUUUAUGUAGCCAUUGUUGUACCUUAUAGUGCUUCUUUCCGAGAAAGUAACGAUACUCCGGCCACAAUAUAUACUGAUGUUUUUGUUGAAAUUGUCUUCAUAAUUGAUAUAUUAUUAAACUUCCGUACAACUUUUGUAAAUAAGAAAGGUGAAGUGGUAACCAAAUCGAAAUCAAUUGUUAUCCAUUAUAUUCGUGGUUGGUUCUUCUGUGAUCUAAUUGCAGCUUUACCUUUUGAUGUUUUGUACGCAGCCAAUCUUUAUACAAGGAACACGUUAACUCAUUUACUUAAAUUAACUCGCCUCUUGAGAUUGGCUCGAUUAUUUGCCAAAAUGGAUCGUUACUCACAAUACAGUUACAUUAUAUUAACUCUGCUUAUGUUAUUGUUUUCCUUGGUUGCUCACUGGUUAGCCUGUAUUUGGUAUGUAAUUGGAGUUGAAGAGAUUGAACAUAAUGAUGGAUCCUGGACUACGGGAUGGAUUCCCCAGCUUUCAAAUCGUUUAAGUUACGAUGUAUACAAUACAUCGGACAUGUACUCUGCCUAUACAACUGCCCUUUACUUCACAACAAGUAGCCUUACAAGUGUUGGUUUUGGUAAUGUUGCUGCUAAUACCAAUGCUGAGAAAAUAUUUUCAGUAUUCAGUAUGCUCAUUGGUGCUCUUAUGCAUGCUUUAGUCUUUGGUAAUGUUACUGCAAUUAUUCAAAGGAUCUAUGCCCGUCGAUCACAAUAUCAAACUAAGUUAUUAGAUUUGAAGGAAUUUUUUCGCCUCCAUCAAUUACCUAAACAAUUACGUCAACGGAUGACUGAAUAUUUUCAAACAACGUGGUCCCUCAACCAUGGUAUUGAUGCUAACGAAAUACUUCGUGAAUUUCCUGAUGAACUUCGUGGUGAUGUAUCAUUACACUUGCAUCGUGAAAUCCUUUCGUUACCAAUAUUCGAGACAGCCCCUCAGGGUUGUCUCAAAUUACUCUCACGUCUUAUUAAAAGUAAUUUCUGUGCUCCAGGGGAAUAUCUGUUACAUGAUGGUGAUGCACUUUCAUAUAUUUAUCUGGUUUGUAAUGGGUCAAUGGAAGUUUUGAAAAAUUCAAUGGUUGUGGCCAUCCUGGGUAAAGGUGAUCUUGUCGGCUGUGAUAUACCUUCCUCCUUAAAUCCAGAAGCCCUUAUCAAAUCAUCAAGCGAUGUUAAGGCAUUAACCUACUGUGACCUCAAAUCAAUUCACAUCAGUGGCCUAUUAGAAGUAUUAAAACUGUAUCCCGAAUUUGCUGAAACAUUUUGUGCUGAAAUUAUUCACGAUUUAACCUUUAACUUGAGAGAAAGUCAUGAUGAUGAUACUUAUGGAAUGGGAGGAGGACCUGGUGGAGGUCCAGGAGGAUACUUUGGUGGUGGAGGAGGAGGGGGUGGAAGCGCGGGUGGAGGUGGUGGUCAUGGAGGUCUUCAUCCGGCCCACUCUUUGACACUUCCAUCCAUCUCUGAGGAUGAUGAAGAUGACGAGGAAGAGGAUAGAAUGGAGGAUGGAGAGGAUGAGGAAGAGGGUGGAGAUGACCAAGGAAAUGAUGAAGAGGAUGAAGAGGAGGAGAAUGGUGACAAACGUCAUGCUAAAGGUGUCAAUGAAGGCUAUGAUGAUGAUGAAAGUGGAUCAGGUUCACCAGCGGUAUCACCACCACUUGGACUGAGAUCUCGAAAUCGUUCAGUUACUCAUAACUGGAAUUUAAUGUCCAAUGAUCAAAGUGCAGAGUUAAAUGAAUCACCUCUACAUGGUCAUUCACAUCAACCUAAAAAUCAAGUAUCAACUGCAAGAAGAUCAGCUUUACGCUUUACGGCCUCUCCAAUCGUUAAACCACAACAAAAUAAUUCACCAUCAAAUCGUAGAUCUACUCUUAAUUGUGAUGGAAAAGUUGAAAAGAAAGUGAAAAAUGAAGAUAAAUUGUUGAGAACUGAUUCCUCUUCAGAUCGUGAAUCGAUUGAUCGUAUUGAUGGACAAAUGAAUGUAAUUAGACAAGAUGUGGCUCGUUUAUCAAAUGAUAUGAGAUUAACUCUCACUUUAUUGCAAAAAUUAUGUUCCUCCGAUUCUAAUCAAAGGUCUCAAGGUAGAAGUAUUGAUAAAACUCAAUCUCUUGGUGAAUUGUCUGGUAAAUCGGAUCGAUCUCUCGGUUCAGCUCUCAGCACGGGAAGUGGACGUAAUGAAGUAGGAGGCUCAGUCAGUGGAUCAGCGUCUCUUGGUGGUCCUUUAUCGAUUGAUGAAUCAAUUAGUACCAUCAAUCGAUUGGGAAGUGGAAUUAACGGUUGCUCAGAACUAUCUGGUAAAUCUGUAUGUGGAGUUAAUGGAGCAAUUUGCUCUCUUGAAUCAAGCCUUCGAUUAUUAGAUGAUCCAUCCAAUUCUGAUUCUGUUAAUUCUUCUUUAAUCACUCAGCGUAAUAGCAACAUGAUUGAAACCAUAAAUAAUGUUAAUAGUGAUAAUAAUAAUCAUAAUGCAAAUUCUCAUUCUCUUCUUAAUUCUCGAACCUCAAGUGCUACUCAAACCGAUCGAUGCCUACUUGAUGAGUUACUUGCAAAGCUUAACGAGUCCAGUUCACCUCCGCCCAACUCGGGUUAUUCCUCAUCCUCAUCCAACGAAGACAAAGUUAGAUAUUUAAUGGGCUUACAUUGUAAUCGAACGGAAGACUCUGAAAGUAUAUCCGAUGAUUCAGUACUUAAAAAUUCAUUAACUAUUCAGAGUAUCACCUCAUCAAGAGAUGUUUCACCUUUCAAAGGUUCCCGAAACAGUUGGAAUAUGGGUCUAACUGAUUCUGGUUCAAGUCCAAUCCCAAUGGAACCAAAUCGCGGAUCUGGUUUACAAUCAACUUCAUCGAGUGGACAAUUCGUUGGAGGCAAUGGAAGUGGAUUGAGGUCCAAUCAAUUGACAGGCUCUACCAGUGAUGGUAGAGACCAUUGCGCUAUUAACAUUGAUUAUACUUUAACAUCGUCAUCAUCAACAUCAACAACUCCAACAACCACAACCGCAACAUCUUCAAUUAGACGCAAAUUAUCAACUGAAUUAUAACGUUCAACUAAUGAGCAUUACAUUUAAUUUUAUCAUUCACUAAUAUUGAUGUAAAUUUAUUUUACCAUCUCGCAUUAUCAUUAUGUAACUAUUAUUACUUGUUAAACAAUGACCUUUUCAUAUUAAUGAUGUUGUUGAUGAUGAUGGGCGUGAUUUAGAAUGAAUUCAAUCCAAUUGCCCUAAUUGAAUGUUGCCUUGACUAACAAUUUUCUGAUAAUUGCUAUGUUUUUUGAUUGAUUACUUCGUUGAUUAUUAAGAUUUUUUUCUCUAUACUUCACUCUCUGAUUCGAGUUUGAAGAAUAGAGGUAAUGGUGAUAAUUUAUAAUAGUGAAUUUAAUAAAUGAUGAUGAUGAGGGAAAUAAUGUGUAUGAUGAAAAGGUGCUGAUGACAGUUGUAACUGGUUUUUUUUCUCGGACGAUUGAUUGAUUGAUUGUUAAUAUCUAGAAAUAAUAAGAAAUGAAAAUAAUGUUAUAGUGAUACCAUUUGUUCUGAGAAUUUCAUUUUCGUCUUAUCCAAAACUUUAUAUGCAUGUCAAUUAUGAUCCAUAUUUGAUUACUAUUCUUACAGCAAAGGCAAUUAAAUUGUUUUCACAGACAAUCAGGAUUGUUCCCGAUUUCAUAUUGGAAGUCAAUUAUUACGAAAAAACAAAUGAAAAAAACUUGUUUCUACCCUGAAAUAUACUCUUUUUGAAUCUUUUUUGCAAAUAAAAUACAAAGAAAUUAUUAUGCCAAA